UAUGCAAUUUGUCUAGGUUUCAGUAAUAUAUUGCUAAAAACCUAUAAUGUGAAAUUAGGAAGUUGUUAUGAAGGGACAUAGUGUAAAUAUUACAUGUAGAAUAUAUAGACCAUUCUGUGAAAAGGAUACAGUGAAAGUGGACGAAUUGGAUUUUAUAUUAUAUCUUAUCAUGUGACUCCUAUCAAAAUUAAGGAAAAAUAAAAUAUCCACCGAAACUAAACAUAUGCAAGAAACGUGACAAACAGUCAGCUUUUGAAAAUGCUAAAUAUGAGAUUAAGUUAACGUUCAACAGGAACAUUCAUAUGUAAGCAGCACAACAAUCGAAAACCUACACACGACUUCGAGAAAUAUUUGCAAGUGUGAUAAGUGAAAAUGGAGAAAGAAUUAUUAGUUGGUGCUUUGAAUCAAACAUCAGAGCUGCGAACAUUGGAGAACAUGAAUUCUGCGGAGGCUGAAAGACUAAUACCAACAAUUGUCUUCAUGGUCAUAAUCUCUGUCUUAGGAUCAAUUGGGAAUUGUUUGGUUAUCCACGUGUACAGAACAAGAUUUAAAAUGUCCAAUUCAAAAUGCUUUAUUUUGUGUCUAAGUGCUGUAGAUCUGUUAACGUGUUGCAUUUCGAUCCCUCUCGACGUUUCUACUACACUAGAUCAGUACAUAUUUAAACAUCAAGGGUUAUGUAAGGUGUCUAGAGUGUUUAAUGUUUUAGGAACUAUUUCCUCUUCGUUUAUUCUGCUAUUUAUUGCAGUUGAGCGAUAUAGAAAAGUCUGUAAACCAUUCGGCUGGCAGAUUCAAAUAAAAAAGACAAAGAUUCUGUGUGGACUGGCAAUAUUUCUUGGUGUUAUGGUGUCAUGGCCCGCCGCAUUUGUUUUUGGUAUACAUACGUUCGAUGUUCCAAACUACAAUUUGACGGGAAGUGAAUGUUCUACAGCAGACUUGAUGAAAAACACGAAAUUUCCAUUUAUCUACACGUUUGUGUUUGGGUUCUUGUUUUUAGGUGGCAUAACUGAAAUGUCAAUUUUAUAUUGUUUAAUUGGACUAAAAGUUCGGAAACAUGCACGAAAAAUGAACGUUUUGGUACAGAAAAUGUCUGUACUAAAGCCUUCAUCGAGUAACGUUACAAGCGAUACAAAGCUUGACGAGGUGAAAACACAGUAUAUGUCACAGAAGUGUGAAUUCACUAUCGGCAAAGAUCAAAACAUUCACAAUGAGAGAAACUCAAACUUGAAUAACGGUCGCGAGAAUGCCGAAUCCUUAACUGACCAGCAAGAUACUGAAAAAUCGUGUAAAUCAAAUAUGAAAAGUCAAGAGUUAAUAAAGAGUCGCGAAAGAUUAAACACAAGUAAGGACUUGAAGUGCUGCUUCAGCAAGAAAGAAAGUGAUGUUAAAUCUGAUCCGGAAGUGAUGUUCAGUAGGGAAACAAACCAGAUAGAGAUAAAUGAAAACAGACGUUCUCUAAAAACAAAGAUUGAUAUUUCAGUGCAAGAAAGGGAAAAUGAUGAAUGCAAUACGGAAGUAAAUCUAAGCCAAGAAAUCCUACAAGACACGGUCCUGAGACGUUUAUUGUCUUCAGUGAGCAAUCGAUUGAAGUUGAAAAGUCUAAAUUCGAACUCAGAAAUCAAAGUAAUGGUCAGAAAAACUGACUUCUCAAAGCAAGCAAGAGCCCGAAAAACAGCUUUCCUCAUGUUUGUUGUAACUUUAGGUUUUAUAGUUAGUUUCGUCCCCCAUCUGCUGUUAAUGCUGAUACGGCAGAUAAAGGGUGAUUUUGCUGACAAAUUGUCAGACACAGACAAGGCAGUUUAUAAGUUUUUCCUGAGGUCCUACUUUUUGAAUUGCGCUAUAAACCCUGUAAUUUACAGCAUAUUAGAUUCAAGAUUUAAAUCUGCCUGCAAAGAUAUGUUGAAACAUUUCAAAAGACGACCAGAUGUGAAAAGUCAUGAUAAUAUAGCUCGAUGUACGCUUCAAGUACUAGAAAAACAAUGAAAUGUCUGGCGCAUCGCAGUAACAACAUUUAUUAUUUCUGCUACAAACUUGACAAAUCUUACAGUAAUUCGCGCAAUAUUGUCAUGUUUUAAUUCACAGGUCUCAAAGAUGACGUUAGUUACUAUUUCUCGAAAUACUCUCCAGUGUUCUCUAAACAUUUCCGCUGCCUCUCUCUCUAUAAUUCAAAUAUACUUCUGUACCAAUUA